CGAAUUGUCAAAAUCAGCGACCGUGGGGUAAACAUACCUUUUUGGUCAUAAAAUUUUGUGUGGUUUGUGAACUUAAUUGAUCGAUUUUAUACCUUAUUAUUUCAAGUUUUAUUACGAAAUUGCUUCUUAAAAAAGGUUACUAACAGAAGUGCGAAAUUUCCGUUCAAAAAGUGGCUUUGUCGGUUCUUUUUCACUAUCCAGUGUCGUGCUCAGUGUAGGCAAGCGAUAAAUAUAAUAUGAAUCAUUACAACUUAAUAGCCACUGGGCAAGUUUAAAUCGAUGUCUUCAUGUUGGCCAAGAACACCAUAUUUCAAUGAGUUAAAGAGAUAACGCAUGUAAACUGUGAGGCAGAUUCAAUGAAGCGACUCUAAUGGUCUGUUAGCUGGCCAUACCAUUGCUUGGAUUUAGAUUGCUUUAAGUAACUCAUAAGCAUCAAAUACAAAGUAUUCUAGUGAUUAAAUACAAAAAAGAAGUACCAAAUAAAAAUAAUGUCGACUUCUGGAGAUUUUGGAAAUCCACUUCGCAAAUUCAAACUAGUCUUUCUAGGUGAACAAAGCGUUGGUAAAACCUCUCUUAUAACAAGAUUCAUGUAUGACAGCUUUGACAACACCUACCAAGCAACAAUUGGCAUAGAUUUUCUUUCAAAGACAAUGUACCUAGAAGACAGAACAGUAAGGCUGCAACUAUGGGACACUGCUGGACAAGAAAGAUUCAGAUCGUUGAUUCCUUCUUACAUAAGAGACUCAACUGUAGCUGUAGUGGUCUAUGACAUUACUAAUGCCAAUUCAUUUCAUCAAACUUCAAAAUGGAUUGAUGAUGUUAGAACAGAGAGAGGUAGUGAUGUUAUUAUAAUGCUUGUUGGUAAUAAAACUGAUUUAUCUGAUAAACGACAAGUUAAUAGUGAAGAAGGAGAGCGGAAAGCAAAAGAAUUAAAUGUAAUGUUCAUAGAAACUAGUGCAAAAGCAGGCUACAAUGUUAAACAACUUUUUAGAAGGGUUGCUGCUGCUUUACCAGGUAUGGAUUCAACAGAAAAUAAACCACCAGAAGAUAUGCAAGAAGUUGUACUGAAAGAUACUCCCAGUGAACUUAAAGAUCCUGAUGGUGGAUGUGCAUGUUGAACUUUAUGUUAUAUACAUUCGUAUAUCAGAAUCAAAUUAUCCACUUUUGUGCUUGAUUGCCUAGUUACUGACACUGACAUUCAAGUGACAUCUUCAAGCAAUGAUAACAUACUGCUCUUGAUGUGGCUUGUCUCAUUUCACAGAAUUUGUUGAAUUUUUACAUAAAUUUUUUACUCCAAAAAUAUCUGAUGCCAAUACUCUGGUAUUGCUUUCAAACAAUUUCAAAAUAUUUUUUUAAAAUCUUCUCUCCUUCGUUUUAAACUGAGAGAGAUCAGGUAUUUUUGGUGAACAAUCAAAGGCAUUAGUACACAAUAUAGAUUUGUGUGCAUUCAAUAAUUGCAGAUUAUUAAAAUGGAAAAAAUUCUUCAAUGCCCUUUUUAAUACACAACUCCCUUGAAGUGAUCCAAGCGAUUUUAUUCCUUUGGCCGUUCUCAUACUUUUAAUUUAAUCAUAAAGGUCAAUUCAAAGUAUUUCUGAGUAUUUUGUGACAAAAAAUCUGUUUCUUUUGUAUUCCACUACAGUUUCAACAGAUUUGUUCCAACCCAUCAAAAAACCAUCAUUGGUACAGUGACGAUUCUGCACAAUAGAGAUUAAAUGCUCCAACGGUUCUGAUUUGUGUUCCAAUCGACUCAGGUAUUGUUUGUAAACCUUUGACUUGGUUUAUAGCGAGAACCGUGCAUAGCCGGAGAUUUCGCAGAAAAUAUCAUUUAAUCCAAUAACUGUUUCAAGAAUGGUCCAGACUAGCAGGUUGGAACAAACCUAACAUCUAAGAGAUUUUUGAUAAAACUUUUUCUAAUCUCAGAAUUUUGACAACUUUAUAACCAAAAAAUUAUUUUUUGGUUAAAUUUUAUAUUUGAAGAUACUUCCUGUUCUGUUGAUGUUUUUAUAUGAACUCAAAAAAAUCUGCAAAUGAUUUUAAAAAAAUAGGAGAACAAUUAAAGUUUCUAUGUCACAAACCGUAUUGAUGGUAUCUUAUUAUGGAUAGGAGAAUUCUGGUUUAACUUACCUUGAUUGAGGCUUACCUUACAUUUUCUAGUAUUUUAAGCAAUGAGAACUCUUAGAUGCAUAUUUUAAAAAUGAAAAUUUUCAAGUACUACUGAGAAUCUUAACUAAAUCUGGAUAAAAUACUUUUUUAGCCACAUAUUCAUCUUUUGUCAUGUAAUCUUCCAUUUGUCAUUUUGUUUUCUGCUAUGUCAUUUCGAACGGUGUUGUGGGUUGAGGACCCAAAAUAAAACUGUCUAAGAGUUUUUUUAAAAUGCCAACGUUUCGAUCUUUUAUUUGAUCUUUAUCAAGGCUAAAAUAUAUGGUACAUUAUAACUCAAACGUUGAUGAAGAUAAACAAGUAAACAAAACAUUGUGAAAUUAAAAGUAAAACAAUAACCAGAUAGUGUAACUAUAUAAAUAUCUAUACAUGUAUAUAUAAAUGAAAAGGACACACUGUAUAACAUUAACAAAUAAGAACAUUGUUGUAAAAAACAGAAGAACAAUGAAAAAGUUAUUUAAAGAAACCAAUACAUACAUGUAUAAGUAAAAACCUGUGCAAACAACAUACCUUUUUAAAUUAUUAGACAUCAGUCAAAAGAUAAAAUACAUAUCCUGCAUGAAGAGAUAAUUCUCCUAUUAAUAUACAUCUAUCAGUGAAUGAAUACUUUCAAACUCUUCAAAUAUUAACAAAAGCAUGAAUGGUAAAAAUUGUUUGAAUUAUUCUAACUAUUACCAUCAAGUACUAUUCUGGUCAGAGUGAGUUGAUUUAUAUUUGACUUUAUUUUGAGUCCUCGACCUGAAACACCAUUCGAAAUUAUAUUCUAGGAAGGACAAUAAUUUCAACAAUGACGUUUUCUGCUAUAUUAUAUAAUUCUUUAUUAUAAUGAGUAAUACUUCACCAUAUAAAAUUUUCAUCCCCAAUUUUUAAGAGUUGAAAAUAUGUUUCUACUUAUUUUGUUUUAAAUUAUUGUUCUGAUAUAUAAGUAUUUAUUUGUUUCGAUAAGCAGUGGAAUACAUAAAUAUAUACUCAGGGAAACUUUAUUUGGAAAAAUAAAUUUUAUAAAUGAAUGCUUUAAAUUGAAAAAUUGUUUGAGCUCAUAUAAAAACAUUUGAAAAUUAAUAAAAUAGCUACCAAUUUAUGUGCAUUUAUUACAAUUUAAUUACCUCAUUGUAAUUUUAUUUAACACUGCAUUAUACAAUCAUGUAAAAUUAAUAGUAAUAAUAUAUACAAUUGCCGGAAUAUAUUCUUGAUUAAUUUUCAAGCAAAUCGAUACAUCAACUACAUUUUACCAAACUUUUAAAUUUUAUGCAAAUGUGGAUAUGUGUGCAUUUAAAGGGUUAAUAAAUGAAAGGAUGAUUGUGCUUAAAUUUAAUUUAGUUACUCAAGUUUAAAAAUACACACAAAUUCAAGGAAAUAUUUGACUUUAAAGUAAUAAACACUUGCUUUGUUAUUGAUUAGAGUAAACUAAGUUGUGAAUGCGCUUAAAUUAAGAAUGAAAUACUUUUGAUAAAAUAAUUGACUAAAAUUGUAUUUACAAAUGUCUAAAUGUUUAAAUAACCUCAUUUAUUGUUAUCAUGAAGUUUUUUUAUUAGUUCUCAAUUAAUACAAUCUAAAAUGCUUUCUAAAAUAAUCUUACUCACUAAAAAUUUUAUCAACGUAGUAAUAAUGUGAAUGGUUUGGGUUUCUUCUCUAGUUUUAUUUAAUGAACUAUAGAAAUUAUAUUGGAGCAUAUUAGAACAAUGCAGCUGUGUAUAGUGUACAAUUUCACUUAACAUAGUAGCGGACAAUUUCUUGCGGAGCAUAAGAAUACCAUUGUAAAAUAUUUAACUAAAUUAAUUCCAACCUAUCAGUCUGAAUUUCAGUAAAACGUCGCUAUAAAUUAUAAAAAACUUAACUGUAUUCUCAAUUGAGUACUUUAAUUUUUUAAACUCAAUUCAUUAAAAUUUUAUUUGUCAGAAAAUCUAUAACAAAUAAUAACUUGAAAAAAAUUGUUAGGUCUUGUAGAAAAAAUUAAAUUCUGUUCUGCCAUUAAGUUUUUUUUUUAUUUAUAGAACGAUUAUUUAACGGCCAAUAUUAACGUGCAAUAUUUGAAGACAACUUUUCUUUCUUUUGGAGGUAAAAAUCUUGAUAAAAAAGUUUUCGAAACCAAUUACGAAUGUAACUAAACACGAAAGUCGUGAAUAUAAAUGGAAACUUAUGAAAAAACAUGAUGGCUUUGUGGGUGUGAUGUGAGUAAUAGCCUUCAUUGAUUUAGAUGUUUAUUAUUUGGAAGCGACGAGGCAUCAGAAAGGACUAACUUUGGCAUUAGAUAUUUAUCAUUUAUCUGCUAAAUUAGGAUUUAACUUAUAACGACCAAGUAAAGAAUAAUAUCUAAAAUCCAAAAAUUUAGUGAUGCUUUUGAGCUUUGCUAUCUAUGGACAUGAUGAACAAGAAGAUUCCCUGAACUCUGGUAUAUUUAAAGAAAUUUGAAUUUUUCUGCCACACUGAAUUUAGCACUGAGGGAUCCUUUGCAGCAAAAUAUUUAAAGAUACAUCAAAAUUAUUUAAGAGAAUUAUGGUUUCCAUGUGUCAGGCACAUUUAAAACAAAUUGCAUCAAAAUUUGUGUCUAUUCUAAGUGAUAAAACAAGUGAUAUUGCCAAUAAGGUCCAAAUGGUUGUACUUUACCAAACACUAGCCCCAUUGAACAAUUUUGGACUUUUAGUAAAAAUUAAUGAAUAUGACGAUGUGCAUAGAAGAAGCAUUAAAUUAUGUAUGUAGAAAUCCUGAUCAGUUGAUUUCCCAAAGUUAUGACAGAGCAAGUGUUAUGAGUGAGAUAAAUUUAAACACGCACUUUUAUUAAUUACUAUGCUCACCAAUAAAUUUGAAAAUGUUUCAGGCAACGAAUAAAUAAAUAUUCAAAAAUAAACUUAUUGAUAAUUUACAAAAUAGAAAUUGAAAACAGUCAACAAUAUUCAACAAAAUAUAAUCUUAUGUAGACACCUCUUACAACUAAACAUUAUCCAAAUUUAUUAUACGCACUGUUCAGGUUGGAUUAUUUAUUGAUGAUCAUUUUGUUUUCAAUACCUCCUUAGAAUAAAAAAUCAACUGGAGAUAAGUCUGAUGAUCCCCAAACAAUUUGUUUUCUCAUAUUUAUGCAAGACAAGCAUUUGUUGAAUUAUAGAUUAAAAAAAUUCUCUCUGCCUCCUAAAUGUUGAGUUUAUUAUAAUAUAUUUUUCUUGAUUUUAAAUUUCUUUUAAAAAAAAAUAAGGUACAAAUUUGAAGUUUUGACCUACUUCAGUCCUUAUCAAAAUAUAUAUUGUGAUAGUAUACUGGUAGAUUGUGAUUGAGUCUGUGUUAAAGAUUUUAUAUGGAUAUUUAUAUGUUCCCUAAAAUUCUACAAUUCUGUAUAUUUCUUUUUGGUUACAAUUAGAACAUUUUGAUACAUAUUAAUCGAUAACUACUAAACUGUUGGAAUAUCAUUGCCUAUUAAUGUCCCUAAUUUGCUCAUUCUUUUUUAAGUCAGUGUUUUUUAUGUUGAAAACAAACUUAAAUUUGGAAUAAUUAGAAUUUUUUCAUUUCUAUAAAUUAUAAAAAUUUUCUAUAGGUGACAUAACUUGCAACUCGUAAUGAAACUAGAAACAUUUUAAGUAAUGAAAAGAUUUUAAUAUAUUUCAAUCAUACGGUACGUUUCUAAAAUAGCAGAUAUCUGGCAGCUUAACACCGAAAAGAGGAUAAGUUUAUAAAUGGUAAGGUACUUAAAAAUUGUGCCGAAUUUUUGGUAAUCCUGCAAUAUACUGGGUGAUUUAUUGAAAACAAUUAUUUUUAUAUAAUAUACAUUUAUCAAAUGGAUAUUUUUCAAGAAAUAAAAACAAAGUGUUACUAAACAGCGGCCAAAUAAUCACUGCCAUAAGGGGUUUAUAUUCCUUAUUUAUUUUGAAAUUUAUAAUAAAUUCCAUUUUUUGAUAUUUAUUAAACAGAAAAGUUCUCUUGUUGAUAUAUUUACUACUAAUAUCAGCAGUCUUAAUUCUUUUUUAUAAAUUUGAUAUAAAUUAAAAUGGGAUCUAAUAAUUUGAAUAAUAAAAGGAAAUUGGUGCAAUCACUUGGUGAUAAAAAUUAGUAACAAUCGUAACUACAGUAAUACCUCAAACAACGUGUGACGUUAUUUGUAGAUGGUAUUAGAUAAUUUUUUAAAAACUAAUCUACCUCAGUGCUUCUUGAAAUUACAGCAUAUUUUUUAUAAAUAAUGCAUUUACUUUUAGAAAACGAUAAAAAACAUAUACCUAAUAAGGUAUUUGUGUGAAAUCAUUUUGAUUUAAUUAGCAUCAAAAACAUUCGCAUUUUCUAAUGAAUUUAUAAAUAGUAUUUGUAAGGUUAACGUUGUUUGCAGAUUUUUAUAUAAAAUUUUUCAUAAUUUUUAUUAUUUGAGAUUUCUGUGUUGUAUUAAGCUUAGAAACAAAUUUUACUUAAUUACAAGAUAUUUCCACUUCAUGAUUUCACUCGAAAAACUAAAAAUUUCUCUCAUGAUAAGCAGAUACCUGGCGACAAAUAUUGUUUUAAUGUAUCACCCCGUAUAUAAAUAUUGGUGAGUGUAUCUCUGCUAUGUUUGAAGCUCCCUGUAAAAAAAUGUUAAUAUCUUAAUUUAUUGAGUUAUAAAUAUUAUUUAAAUUUUAAGAGAUAAGUUUUAUAUUACUCAUAAUAAUUCAAUUAGUGUAUUUAUACAUGUACAUCUUUUUUUAUUAAUCGGUGAUACCUCUAGUGGAAGAUAACCACAAUGUGUGCUUAUAUUUUUGGAGAAUUUUUCUUUGCUAUCGCCUUAAACAUUUAAACAAUAGUAGUGCGCUUCAUUAAUAGUUCAUGCAUGGUUUGAUGGAAGUAUCUCAUCCAUAUGUAGAUCAGUAAACAGAAAUGUUUAGAAAUAAACUUUAUUUUGGGCAUAUUAAUUUAAUAAAACAACCAUUAAAUAAGGCGACUUAUGACCACUUGCACCAAUAGGUUAACAAUGGUUUAAAUUUCAACACUGACUAUCCAUAGGGGUAGACGCCGAGCUUUGUUAGAAGUACUGAAAGACUGUAUCAAAUGCAUGUUUAGCCAUAGGUUCAUUGUCUUCGUUGUCAUCAUCGCCCUCGUUCCUAUCGGUUGCGGAGAGGUUGGAGAGUCAUUGAUUUGGUCGUCAGUUAAUUCUUCCUUUGUGCAGUCAACGUCAGCUGUACUGAUCCGAUCACUUACGUCACUGGGUUCAACAUCCGAUUGUUAAGUUGGCAAAUCAUUCAAAAUUGUUUGAGUCUACGUCUUGACUUUCGUCAUUUGUUGCACAGGAUGUUCCAUAUUGAUUCUCUCCACUCAUUUCGUUCAAUGUUUCAUCUUUAUUUUAAUUCAUUUUUGGCCACAGCUUGCACCAAGAUUUUUCAAGCGUUGAUAUCGGCAUUUCUUCCCAAGCUUCAGUAAUUGCAUAUAUGGCAUCUUUUAUAUUUAUUGAUUUCAUCGCUUGAAACAAGCUGCUGCCGUCCUCUCUAAUAUUGAUCCAAUGUAUUUUCGACGAUAUCGCAUCUUCAGCCACUCAAUGACCCUUGGUCCAUGGAUUGGAUUAGGCAUGUUAGCUUAAGCUCUUCAACCAAGUUUUGAAAUUUUGGAACAAAAUCAUUAGCAGCUGUUAGGUAAACGGACAGAUUCCCGCCGGAAAUAAUUACAUUUCGAAUGCCUUGUCGUUUUUUCCACCAAUGUAGCCAGCUAUUACUUGCUGUAAACUUUUCAUUUUCAUUGUCUCCACCUAACUUUUUAUACAAAACCAGUGCCUUUUCUUUUAUAAUGGGUCCAGACAGUGGAGUUCCUUUUCUUCUUUCCCGCUCAUACAACACCCACAAGACGUUGUUUAAAAUUUCACUUUUAGAAUUCUUCAAAGUCUUGCGCAUUUUCAGUCCUUUCUCCUCAUCGAUAGUCACUGAAUGACUUCCAAGAAUUUUCCUAUUUUUCUCCAAAUCUUUAACAGUUGUCAUCGCAACUCCUAACUCACUUGCAACCGGUUGAAGAGGCUAGCCUUUAUCUAACCUUUCAAGCACUUUCAGUUUCUCCGCUAAAGACAGCGUCGCAUGCAUACGUUUCUUUGAUGCCAUAGCAGAACACUGUCACUAAUUAAUAAAACAAUUGCGUGCACAAUAACAAUUAUAUCGACUUAGAAACAAGUUAUUUUAUGUUGAAACUGUACAGACUACCGCACCUAUUAACAAUCAGUUGCCUACUGAUCCAUAUCGCGGACGAUGAGUCAUCGGCAAUGCUGAGCUGAUUGUAGCGGCGGCCGUAUGGUCGGACUAAGCGGGGAGUCGAACCAUCCGACGUCGGAUUAGUGAGGUUCUACUGUAUAGAGAAUUUUACCUUUUUUAUAACGUUCAGAUCUUAAAAACCAACAGUUAUUAAGAUUUUGGAGCAAAUUGAGUAUAGUCUCAUAUCAAUUUCACUUCUUUCAGUAGCCAUAGAUUAACUUAUUAUAUUUUGAUAUAUGUUGCUUUCGCUGUAAUAUCCGACGAUCCUUGAUAGAGUUCAAAUUGACGUUGGCAAGGAAAUAAAUUCCCUACUAUGGUGGUAUGUACAAUUAAAAUCAGUUUGUUUUUGAAUGAUUAUAUUGUUUUCGGAUACAUACAAAAGAACUGAAUUCUCGCGAAAACUUACUGGUGGUGAAUCCGUACAUAGAUUUAGUAUACAGAAUAGGGACUCAUUCCAAGGAAGUAACUAGAUAAUUUCAUUGAAUUGUACAUAAGUCCACUACAACUUUUUUAUGUUAAAUUUGAAUUAAUAACGUUAUUCUGGCUUUAUACUAUUAAUUCUCAUCGUUGAAGUUUAGAAAAAACUCUCCUAUAUCUCAUGAUUUUUAGUUUUUGUCGAGGAACUGCCUUUGCCUUAAUUGGAUAACUCAUAAUUUUCUACAGAAAUUUUCAUCAUUAUUUCAACUUACAUACUAAGUCUAAAAUUCAAUAUGAUAUAAUUUAGUUUUGUUUUAUUUUUCCCACUUAAUACCAUCGGUAAGUCAGUAAAAAAAAUAUGUCCAAAAAGUUUAUUUCUACGAUUUAAUAAACUUUCGAAACUGGCCUUUUGUAUUAUUUUCUUUACAAGCGUUUAUUAUAUCAUCAUUCUAUAUAGUUUUGGCCUUACAUCUAAAAAUUGGAACCAUAUAUAAAUCGAGCAAUUAGUAAACUUGAUAUUUUAGAUUAUAGAUAAAUAUUAUACAUUGCACAUUCCUUUUUUUGGAAAUCGAAAAUUUCCCAAUGUGAAAAUCAAAAUACCAAUAGUAUAAUCAUCAAAGCAAAUUAAUACUAAAAAGUCUAUCGAAGAAAAAUAGUAAACCAAAACCUCAAAGCCACACUACGCAGUUAAGAAAUAAUUUGCUAUUUCAUAGAAAAGAUUAUUGAUAAAAAUUUUAAAUAAUUAUGCACAAUUAGUAUUAAAAAAUUAUACAAUGAAAACGUGAGGUUUGGAUAGAUUAUGUAUAGCCUCUAAUUGUAAACACCGAAUACAUUACAUGACAUUGAGCUUCCGCUGUCGUCAACAUUCAUAAUAAGGGUUUCAACCUUUACAUCAAUGAUUACACAUUUUGGUUUCAUCCUCGAACAUUCGAAGAAAAUACUCCCGAAAUAGUUGCCGUUUUGGAAAUAACUGAAUAGUCUUAUCAUAAUUUUCUUGUAUUUGUUUUUGUCUCCGUGUCAGACAUAUUUAAGAAAACAGACAAAUAUAAACAAUCUCAAUGCAGUUCGUCGUGUACUUCAUCCCUCUCACACGGCUUUCUAUUUGUGUUAUAUUAUAGUGCCACUGAUUUGGACCAAUAAUGAUGCCUCGCCGCGUUUCGCCCUGGAUGUUCACGUGAUGAUCGCGUACUGAUCAUUGUUUUGGGUUACUAUUUUUCUUUGAUAAAUAGACUUUAUUCACAAUUUAUUUAUAAGUAAUUAAAUUUAUCCAUAGGAAGAAUUUAAGAAAUUCGUUUUUAUUAAGAAGCAAUCUUAUCAUGUAGCUACUAUUCAAAAAUUACGAUUUUACUAUAUAUUACUAUAAUUAGUCAUUAGUUUCCACCAGAUGUAUUAUUAUUAAACAAUUUCAAAACUGAAAUUGUAGAUUCUAUUCUGAACUUCUAACCAAAUCUGUUUGAAAAUGAAAAUUUGUUAUUUCUAAUGAAUGACAAAUUUACUAACAUUUUUUUUGUAGCAGUUUUGCUCUAAAAAUGGCAAUAAUUUGAUUAUAUUAUAGGAUUUUUUAACACUUACAUUCCAAGACUCCCAUAUGAGUAACAAGAAAGUAUUAAUUAUUGAGAUACAAAUUUUAAUAAGAAAAUAUGAGAUACCUUAAAUGGUUUUUAAGGCCGUAACUAUAUAUUCUGAACACUUUCAUGCACUAACUGGAUAAUGUAAUAGAAUGUUAUGAGAAUAAAGAUGUACCUAAUAUAA